AUGCACCCAACCACCGUGUCGUUCGCCACUCUCCUUUUCACACUUAUCCUUUUCCCAUCCUUGAGCUCUGCGAAUCUUGAUUCGGGCAAGAAUGCUGUUCGCGUGCCCUUGAAGCGUAGUUGGCCUGUUACCCAUGGGUCAUCUGGCUCUGGAGACAACCCUACUCCAGGCCUCGUGAAUGCGAGGUCCUUAAGGGCGCACCUGAAAUGGACUGACAAGAAGUAUCGUUCUACUUUCACUGCCUAUCAAUCAAAUACAGGGUCGUCUCAUCCAUUAGCACCACCCUCGGUUCCCCCACGUCAAUCAAGGGAAGCCGAGCGGAAACGCCGAGCAUCUCUCGAGGAAUACUCCAACUUACCUGGCUUUGCGAGAGAGUCUGUUGCAGCACGUAGUUCGAGCGUGCCUGGUGCGAUUUCCCUUACAGAAGAGAACGGGGACAUGUGGAUCGGCGCAAUCAGCGUAGGGUCGCCUCCUCAGAACUUCACAGUCGUUUUUGACACUGGUUCCUCCGACAUUUUGCUCCCGUCCGCAUCAUGUAACUCUACAUGUGACGGGCAUAACCGUUAUGAUCCCUCGCAGUCAACCACCUCAGUGAAUCUUAAUCAAACGUUUUCUCUGACUUACGGAGAUGGUUCAAGCGCAGUCGGUGAGCUAUACUCCGACGAUGUGCUCAUCGGCGGAUACGAGGCAGUAAACCAGACGCUUGGGGCAGCAGUGACAUAUUCUGCUAAUUUCCAAGCGCCUACUUUCAAUUCCGAUGGCCUCCUUGGCCUUGGGUUUCCCCAAAUCUCGGUUUAUGGACAGCCACCCGUUUUCCAAACGUUAACUUCUGACGGUGCCGUCCCAGAGUCGCUGUUUGGCAUCACCCUCUCCUCCGUUUCUGGGAAGAGCGAGUUGAUGAUUGGCGCCACCGAUACGGAUAUGUACAACCAGUCAAGUGUGGUGCACGUUUCUGUGUCCCUCGCAGCGUACUGGCAGAUUCGUAUGGAUGGGCUGACGCGACCAGGGUUAAAUAACUCAGGCGAAGUGGUGAUAGCGAACACCACAAGCUACGCCGAAGCGAUCAUCGAUACAGGCACGACCCUGAUCGUAACGAGUGACGAUAAUGCGCAGAAAUAUUAUGCCGAUGUGCCUGGGGCUGAACUUGUCCCCAGUCUUGGCAGUGGUGUCUGGAGCGUUCCAUGCGACUCGAUCGGCUCCAUACUUCCGUCAAUUACCUUUGGUGGACAGGCAUUCGCUGUUUCUUCCUCGACCUUCAACCUCGGCCAGGUUUCUGACAACUCGACAAAUUGUGUCGCAGGUUUGGCUGGUGGAGGCAGUGACUACUAUAUUAUAGGAGACGUUUUCCUUCAAAAUGUGUACACCGUCUUUGACGUUGGUAACUCGCGAGUUGGAUUCGCGAAGCUUGCAUAGCUCAGGCAUUCCUUUUACUGAUCGUGCUGCGCACCCUUUUCACAUGGACUGUACCGGACGAAUCUGCGAACUCCAUACUACA